AUGGCUGUACUUGUGAACCUGUUGGUGUUCUUGUCAGGUAAUCUCUACAGCAGGCACAUCCAGAUAGAUGGAGAGAUGUUGGCUAUUCAAGUGCAAGAUACUCCAGGAGUUCAGAUCCAUGAACACAGUCUGGAUUGGAAUGAGCAGCUGAACAGAUGCAUUCGCUGGGCAGAUGCCCUGGUGAUUGUCUUCUCCAUCACAGACUAUAAGAGCUAUGAACUACUCAGUCACCUUUACCAUCACGUUCGACAGUUGCACCCAGGAAACGCAGUCCCUGUUGUCAUUGUAGCAAACAAAGCUGAUCUCUUGCAUAUCAAAGAGGUGGAGCCUCAGCAUGGGCUUCAGCUGGCCAACAUGCUGGGCUGUACUUUCUAUGAAGUAUCUGUCAGUGAAAAUUAUAAUGAUGUCUUCAAUGCCUUCCAUCUCCUCUGUAAAGAAGUCAGUAAACAACAAACAACCAGCACCCCUGAGAGGAGGAGAACCUCUCUUAUUCCACGGCCAAAAUCGCCCAACAUGCAGGAUCUGAAGAGAAGGUUUAAGCAAGCUUUGUCUGCCAAAGUGAGGACUGUCACUUCUGUUUGACAGCAGAGCCAUUGGUCUUCCUAACAUUUAGCCUGAGACUGAAACCUGGGGUAUUUAACACUGGCACAUCUAGAGUCCGAGGCAUUGUGAAAG